AUGGGUCCGUCCCUGCUCUCCAAAUCCCUCCAGGCCGUCGGCGUGGGCACAUUCGCGUCCAUCGCCGCGUUUUCCGUCUGGACCAAACACUGCCAUUUCUCUUCCCCCGGGGAAUUCAACCCUGCCACCGAACCCUUGUUUAAAAGUGUCUGGUUCCGCAAAUUCAACCCGGGUAACCACGAGGCCACGUACGACGAGUGUGUGCGGAGGAUCGGGCUGCAGAAGAUCCGGCCGGAGCUGGUGGAGGACAGUCGGCAGGGGGGCACGAAGUUGGUCGAGGAGUUUUGUCGAGGUGUCUGGGGCGGCGCCGGGUAUACGAUCCAAAGGAUGUACCUGGCGCGCAAAUACCGGAAUGACACGACGACGGCGCAUCAGUUGUGGAGUGCCGACGACUUAGGCACCUCGACGUACGAGCCUGGGACGGAGAUCACGGACCACUUUGUCGUGCUGGACAAGACGCCCACCCGGAUAUUGAUCCGCUGCGGCGACUCCCCGCUCAAUAACCCGGACAAGCCACGGCCGUCGGACGGGCUGUUUGAGAUGUGCGCCACGGCGGAUUUCGACAAGGGCGUGGCCGAGUUUCGUCUCAAGAGUAUUUUCUAUGUCGGCGAGGGCGAGUGGGCUUCCAUGUCGGCAGCGUCGACGGGACAAGGCUCGCAGGAGAACUGGGAGAAUCGCGGACCAAUGCAAGGGUGGAUGCUUUACGCGCACAAGUUGUACACAAAGUUGUGGAUGGAGAGUGCGCUGAGAAGGGUCAAGCAGUAG